UCAGAGGGUUCUGGAAUCCACAGUCCCUGUGCGUAAAACUGUGUUUGUUUCGUGCCUUUUUCUUAGGAAACUAACUGAUCAACAACCACUUCCUCUUCGAGCUCAGUCUUCUCUAUCCAUCCUAUCAUGCCAAAGAGGUCUCGCCCACAUAAUCUCUCUCAUCACUUUCGUGUAUUUCCUGCAUAGUUUUACCAACCUGUCAUUAACGCUUAAAUCCGUCUACCCCACUAGCAGGACUGAAAACAGUGUAAUAACUUUUCACAGUUAAGGGAUUGCCAGGAAGACAACAUGGGGACUCCUGGUUCUGGAAGGAAAAGGACACCUGUGAAAGAUCGAUUUUCUGCAGAAGAUGAAGCUUUGAGUAACAUUGCCAGAGAGGCAGAGGCAAGGCUGGCAGCAAAACGGGCUGCCCGGGCAGAAGCAAGAGAUAUACGCAUGAGAGAACUGGAACGACAACAAAAAGAGGAAGAUUCAGAAAGGGCUAGGUAUUCCCAUCGUUCCAGUCAUCAUCGUCCUUAUCUGGGAGUUGAGGAUGCAUUGUCCAUUCGAAGUCUUGGCAGUCACAGGACUCCAUCGAAGGACAUAACUGGGGCACACUGGAGCAGAGCCAGUACACCCAAAAGGAAAGAUGUCAUGAAUCAUUCUUACAGUCACUCUUAUGGAACAAAGAAGAGAUCUUCUGGUUCUCAUAAAGACCUACUGAGCGGCCUCUACUUUGACCAGAGAAACUAUAGCAGUCUUAGACAUAGCAAACCCACCUAUGCCUACCACACUCGGCAGUCUUCUUCCCUGUAUAGUGACCCUCUGGCGACAUCUAAGAGUCACAGGGCCUCCCUUACUACAAAUUCUGGUCUGUCCAGAAGUGCCAGUCUGGCAUCAUUGUAUGAUGGUGGAUUAUAUAGCCCUUAUGAUUCUCGAACCCCAUCAGAAUACAGUUACUACUCAUCAAGAACAAGUUCAACCCGAAGCAGUCCUGUGUUUACCGACAGUGACACUGCAAGCAUUGCGUCUUCUGGUCAUGCCAGUCGUCGGCGAAGGGAGAGUGUGGUUUCUGCUGCUGAUUGUUUUAGUCGCUGCAAUCGUAGGGGGAGUGUUGUCUCUGAGGUGGAUGACGUCAGCAUCCCAGAUUUGACCAGUUUGGAUGAAAAAUCUGACAAACAGUAUGCUGAAAAUUACACAAGGCCUUCAUCUCGAAAUUCUGCCUCAGCAACAACCCCUCUAAGUGGGAAUUCAUCCCGACGGGGAAGCGGUGACACCAGCAGCUUAAUAGAGGCAGACACCUCAUUAAGUGAAUUGCGGGAUAUCUAUGACCUUAAGGACCAGAUACAGGAUGUAGAAGGGAGAUACAUGCAGGGACUUAAAGAACUAAAGGAGUCUUUGUCAGAAGUGGAAGAAAAAUACAAGAAAGCCAUGGUUUCCAAUGCACAAUUAGACAACGAGAAGAACAAUUUGAUCUACCAAGUAGAUACCCUCAAGGAUGUUAUUGAAGAACAGGAAGAACAGAUGGCAGAAUUUUAUAGAGAAAAUGAAGAAAAAUCAAAGGAGUUAGAAAGGCAGAAACAUAUGUGUAGUGUGCUGCAGCAUAAGAUGAAUGAACUUAAAGAAGGCCUUCGACAAAGAGAUGAGCUUAUUGAGGAGAAUCAGCGCAUGCAGCAGAACAUAGACACCAUGACAAAAGAGGUGUUUGACCUCCAGGAGACAAUUCUUUGGAAAGAUAAAAACAUUAGGGCCCUAGAGAAACAGAAAGAAUACAUUGCCUGCCUUAGGAGUGAGCGAGAUUCACUCCGAGAGGAGCUAGCUGACCUGAAGGAGACGGUGAAGACAGGAGAGAAACAUGGCUUAGUUAUAAUCCCUGAUGGCACUCCCAAUGGUGACGUCAAUCAUGAGCCUGUAGUUGGAGCCAUCACUGUCGUGUCCCAGGAAGCUGCUCAGGUUUUGGAAUCAGCAGGAGAAGGACCGCUAGAUGUGAGGCUACGAAAACUUGCUGGAGAAAAGGAAGAGCUGCUAUCACAGGUCAGAAAACUGAAGCUGCAGUUAGAGGAAGAACGGCAGAAGGGCUCCAGGAGUGAUGGCACAGUGGGGGACCUGGCAGGGCUGCAGAACGGCUCAGACUUGCAGUUCAUCGAAAUGCAGAGAGAUGCCAAUAGACAAAUUAGUGAAUAUAAGUUUAAGCUUUCAAAAGCAGAACAGGAUAUAACCACCUUGGAGCAAAGUAAUAGCCGGCUAGAGGGACAGGUGCUGAGAUAUAAAACUGCUGCUGAGAAUGCUGAGAAAGUUGAAGAUGAACUGAAAGCAGAGAAAAGGAAGCUACAACGAGAGUUACGAACAGCACUGGACAAGAUCGAAGAGAUGGAAAUGACCAACAGCCACUUGGCCAAGCGAUUGGAGAAGAUGAAGGCCAACAGGACAGCACUUCUGGCCCAGCAGUAGGGAGGCCAUCCUUCUGCCUCUUCUGCCUGGGUGCUGCUCCAGGGCCCCGCCCAGAGGGACUGACAUUUUGUCCAUUGACACGAACCCCUUUCAGUACUGUUUGAGCUUUGUCAUUAAAGUAGUCACCUUUGUAUUUUCUAAUUUAUGAGAGAAUGAAACAGGUUUGAAUCUUCUUCAAUGAACACUAUGGAUUUUGUUUGUAGUUUGAUUCUAGGACCAGAGCUGGUCCAUGCUGUUUUUAUUUUGUCCAUAAUUUUAGAAUCAAGCUUACUCAACAUUUUCUCCCAGCUGCCUGUGCCUGGGCAUUCGGAAGCUUCGGCACAGGUUCUGGAGAACAGUGAUUCUGUGAGUGUUCACUGAGAUACUUGCUGGAGACCUCAGAAAACACAAGUGCCUUCUCCACAGGGAAGUUCAAACUUCAGUGAUGUCCAGUGGUCAAAAGACAUUUACCCGUGAUAUCAGAUAGCAUUUAUAUUUUAGUGAAGAAACAAGUUCACAGAAGGGGAAUAUAUAUUUCACUCAAAUUUAUAUCUUUGGGGGGAAAAGCCUUUUUUUGUAAAAUAUUUAAAUUUAUAUAAGAAAACAUUAGAAAAAGGUAAUGGGAGUGUAUAUAAAACUUGCUUUAUUGCAUGGGGCAGGGAAGUCCAAGGUCUAAUACUCUUAAAGUAAGAGUAGGGUCCUUAGUCUUCAACAUCAACUGUGCUGUAUCUUGUAAAGUAUUUCAUCUGCUGCUUAUUUGUGGAAUGAAACCUCAGACAAGCCCAGUGGGGAAGGGAGGGGCUGGGCAGGCAGGUGGGAAGUCUGCCUGAAGAGUCUAUUAAACACACCCUUUUGC